UAAGGACCUAAGUAGUUUUUUCAACAUCAAUUUGCAGUCUAGCACUAAGUACACUCCAUCCUCCUAUCCUAUUAUUUACGUUUACUUCUUUUUGUGAAAAUGUCUAGCAAUCAUGGUAAGGUAGAGACUGAUGUUGAAAUCAAGGCUCCCGCUACCAAGUUCCAUGAAGUGUUAGCACACAGACCACACCACAUAUCCAAUGUCAGCCCUAACAACAUUCAGGGUUGUGAUUUACAUGAAGGUGAAUGGGGCACCGUCGGCUCUGUGGUCUACUGGAAUUAUUUCCAUGAUGGGAAAGCUAAAGUUUCCAAGCAGUUGAUUGAAGCGCUCCGUUGA